ACGCUUUGGCUUUGGCGAUCGAGUAAAGAUGGAAUCAUUAAAUCAAAAUUUUCGUGGCUUUGAGACGAAUUCGAUGGCCACGUGGCCGACGCACGUUACGGACAAUACGACUCAUGGUAACAUCAUCGACGGUGAACUUUCGAGAUUUCCGAGGCCAUUAAGAACAUUUGCCGCGAUCGUGGCUAUACUCAUUAUGAUCACAGGCCUAGCCGGCAAUCUUCUUACCAUCGUUGCCCUUUGCAAGUAUCCAAAAGUUCGUAACGUUGCAGCAGCGUUCAUAAUAAGCCUUUGCGUGGCAGACUUUGUGUUUUGUUCGUUAGUAUUACCCUUCGACUCUAUCAGAUUCGUCGAUGCAAGUUGGGCGGACAUUAGAUCAUUGUGCGUCCUCGUACCCUUCUUGAGGUACGGAAACGUUGGAGUCAGUCUUUUGUCCGUAGCAGCUAUCACGAUUAACAGAUACAUCAUGAUAGCUCAUCACGGAAUAUAUAGUAAGAUUUAUAAAAAGCACUGGAUCGCUGCGAUGAUCAUUUUUUGCUGGCUGUUCGCCUACGUGAUGCAGGUGCCAACGUUGUUAGGCGUUUGGGGAAAAUUCGAUUACGAUAUGUACCUAGAAACAUGCUCGAUAGUCAAAGACGAUCAUGGUCAUACCUCUAAAAGGUUUUUGUUCGCUACGGGUUUCGUGAUACCGUGCGUAGUUAUCGUCGGCUGUUACGCAAAAAUAUUUUGGGUCGUUCACAGCUCCGAGUCGAGGAUGCGAAAACACGCAACACCAACGAUAAAGUCACCGCACACACCUGGUAGAGAUACCAGAGAGAUCAAACAAAGACGUAGCGAAUGGAGGAUUACGAAGAUGGUACUCGCUAUCUUCCUUAGUUUUCUAGUCUGUUAUCUACCAAUCACUAUAGUAAAGAUGGUCGACGUUAACGUAAAAUAUCCAGGCUUCCACGUUCUUGGUUAUCUUCUUCUAUACUUCGCUUCCUGCGUGAACCCGAUAAUCUACGUUAUCAUGAAUAAGCAAUACAGACAAGCAUACGCUGGCGUGAUUGGCUGUUCGCGGAUAAGGGCGAGUCUCACACCUUUCGGGAGCAGUGCGCCCGGUCAGCACCACCAAGACUUCGGCCAAGGUAACUUCGAGCACCGUCGCGUGGUAACGCUCUCCAAGCUCUGACCGAACACGAGCUAAGCGACCACUCGCUCACUUCAUUACUCGAAGACUAUGGUAUCGACCGUCUCCAUUGCUAUGAAUCCUGUCAAAAAUAACCAGUUGGAAGAGACACUGUAGAAGGUCGAUUAAAAAGGAUCUUGAAGGAGUUAAAGAUCCAGGUCAAAAAAGAACAAAGGAAAAAGGAAGAUGUUUGAGAAAAUGAAACGAAGCAAAGUUUUGAACAAGUGUGCAUGAAUCGUACGCAAUCGCAAACGAUAGAAACCAAUGUAAAUUAUUUGAAACGAUUGAAAAGGACGACGCGUCUCGAAGGACUACACGAUCGAAACCAAUAACGCGUAUUUAUAACGCCGACGUUACCGACAAAUUAGGUUGAAAGCGAGCGUCGCGAUUCGCAGUACCAGUGAAUUACCAAAGUAAAACCACGUAAAGAUUAAGAAAUAAGUAAUGCGCAUUUAUGUUGAUUCGCAUCGAUGGAUCGUUGGGACGAUAAUAAUUUAAUAAUAAUAAAAGGGCUAGUCGAAAAUCGUUUAGGAAUAAAAUCCAAUUUGUAAAUAUAUCCAUGUACCGUAGCGAUUUAGAUAGACUUUAUUCUAUUAAUAUACGUUUAGAAAUGUUUUAGAUAAUUACAACUAGAUGAUAAAGCAAACUCAAGUAUGAAAGAGAGAAUCAAUUUAGGAACACAUCGAUUAAAACUUGCAACAGCCUGUCUUGCCGCGCUCUAUAGGAUCAUCGCGGAGCCUUAUGGAAUCCCGUAUUCCACCUUCGAUUUUCGCUCUUAGUACAUUUUCCACCAAGUGGCGUAUCGCUUCGUCUGAAAGGCAAGAAGCAUCGUGCGAAAUCUAAAAUUUAAAGCCACUCGUUCUUCUUUCGUUAUAAGUACUCACCAACGUUCGUAUUCUCUUUUGCCGAGGUAACGUACCACUCGCCGAUAUUGUUCUCUUUGCAAAAUUUAACGAUCUGUUCGGUUGAUACAGCCACAUGUCGAAUGUCACAUUUGUUCGCCAGAAGAACAACGGGUAUGCUCGAUCCGUCCGGAAGAGUGACUUUUUCUCUUAAAUCGCUUAGCCACUUCUUCAUCGACUGAAAAGUCGCCGCUCGUGAGAUAUCAAAAACCAAUGCCGCGGCGACGCUAAUAAAAAUAUGAACGACAGGACUGUCUUAUAGAUUAAUGCGAUCAUCUUCUCGGCGAAUUUUUACAUGACAUCGGAGACAUACGCAUAUUUGUAGUAAACCCUGGUCAUGUAUCCAAAUCUCUCGUGACCGGCGAUAUCCCUGAAAGUAAUAAACAGUCACGUUCGCUACGACUCGUUGCCAAUGUUUACGCGUAUAAGUGAACGUAUACGUAUAAAUAAAGACAUUACAAUAAAAGCGACAGUACCAUAA